UGUAAAGAGAUCAUCUUCUUCUCUUCAGCUGCAACAAAAUUGGCCUUAGAUGAGCAUAUCAAAAUCACUGUGCUUCUGUUGUAAUAUUAUAGCUACUUGAGGUUGAUACUCAAUUUGCAUCAUUUAGGCAAGCAUAAAUAAAUUCAUUUGAAGCUACAAUAACCUAAACAAUAUGUACUGAAAGCCAUAAGAUGCACAAUUUUGUUAGCAUUCUCAAAGCUUGCUAUAGCGAUCAAAAUACUAAUGUUUUAUUUUAGUUUCUUUUGUUUAAGAGAGGAAUAGAUUUAAACUCAAGGCUUUGAUGACUUCUAUGGCUCAGAUGGACUAGGCUAGUUGACACCUUUAAACUUUUCACUAUAUAUUUGAUAGAUUUUCUUAUCUAGUUCAGAAGUUAUCCAUUGUAAUCUCUUUCCUUCUGAUUUGGGUAUCCGACUGUGUCUUCGAUCUGUUGUAUGUGCGAAGCUCGUGAGUAAUGUAGCACAUUAGGAAUAUUAUAUCACAUCUACUUGUUCUAGCCCAUUCAUAGCUUUAUCUUCUUUCUUCUUUCUCCUUGCAAGUUAGUAUUUCUUGACCCUCUUUCUUCCCUAGACCUCUUCAAUAGACCUCUUUCUUCCCACGAGGUUCAGAUUGCCGCAGGUCCUUGGGAGUGUUUGGCGAGCUAACUUACAGUCACUGCAUGAAGGAGUGCUGCAACGAUGAGAGAUGAUGAUCCAAAGAAAAGCAAGCUGUCUUGGUCCAAGGCCUUUGUUAAAAAAUGGUUGAACAUUAAGAGCAAAGUUCAGGAUAACCAUGUCGAUGAGAUUGCUAGCAAAGUAUUCCUCGUGGUAGCUGAUGAAGCAGCUAGAAGAAGUGUUCCAUUUGUAUUUCUAGAACGUGUCAAGGAUGAUUUCAUGCACUGCUAUGGACAAAGUAUCAGUGGUAACAACUCCCAUCCACUCAUUGAUGAGGAAGAUGCUGAUAUGUUUGGGGACAGAUUUAGCAGUGCUUACAGUCUUGAUAGGGAAUUUGGUCCAAGGUUGAAGGAGCAUAUGGAGUAUUGCAUAAAUCAUCCAGAGGAAAUGAGCAAACUUUCAAAGCUAAAAGCUCAUAUAACUAAGGUUAAAGGAAUAAUGAUGGACAAUAUAGAAAAGGUAAAAAGGUCGGUAAAGAUAAAGCAAAAUCAGAGACUCAACAGCCAAGCAAAGAGGAACUGAGAAAGAAAAUAUGCGAAAUUUUGAAAGAAGUUUACUUCAACACAGCAACUUUUACUGACAUUCUGAAGCGGCUAGCUGGUCAUUACAAAACUGAUCUGACUUCGCGAAAGGCAUCGAUAAAGCUCAUGAUCCAGGAGGAGCUGACCAAACUGGCAGAAGCUGAAGAAGAUGAAGAUGACGAUAAAGAAGAACAACCAAAAGCUAAGAACAAGCGUGCAAAGAAGCAGACGGUUACUUGACUAUAAAUUAGAAUAGUGGAUGUUUUAACUCAGAAAACUAGGCAUUUGAAGGUGAAAAGCGGUG